AUGAACGGAGGAAGGAACAGGUUCCCUUUUACUCCAUCACAGUGGCAAGAGCUUGAGCAUCAAGCUCUUGUUUUCAAGUACAUGGCUUCAGGUAUUCCUAUUCCUCCUGAUCUCGUCUUCUCCAUCAAAAGGGCCUCUCUCGACUCUCCUCUUUCUUCCAGGCUCUUGUCUCUCCCACCUCAUCAGCACUUUGGGUGGAACUACUUGGAGAUGGGCCCGGGAAGGAAGAUAGACACAGAACCAGGGAGGUGCAGAAGAACGGAUGGGAAGAAGUGGAGGUGCUCCAAAGAAGCUUACCCAAAUUCAAAGUACUGCGAGAGACACAUGCACAGAGGAAAUAACCGUUUGAGAAAACCCCUGCAGCAGCAACAACAAGGUUUUAAAACAACGUUAAACCCGCCUACCAACAACACAAAUUCCUCGACAAUCACAAAAAGCAACAACACUCCUUCACUAUCCCUCACAACUCAUUCUUCAUCCCUCUCACCUCUAUCUGACCCCACCCACAAUCAUCAUUCCUUCCUCUAUAAUCACCAGCCUUCAAGAUCUUCUUCAUCUGGUUUCAGCUUCUCUUUACAAGAUGAUAGUGCUUCUCACUUGAAUAGUGGUUAUGUUUAUGAUGGGCUGAAGGAAGAGGUGGACGAGCAUGCUUUCUUCACAGAGCCUUCUGGGACGAUGAGAAGCUUCUCUGCUUCAUCAAUGGAAGAUUCUUCGUGGCAUCUCACCCCACUCUCAAUGAACUCAUCGUCUUCCUCGAAACAGAGGAGCUACUCUGGUUUGUCCACCGAGUACUCUUCUUCCUUGCAGCUUCAAAAUCAGAACCUUAGCGGAAGUACGAACCAGCAAGAUCAAGAUUGCUACAUGCUGGGACUGGGGAAAUCAGAAGAACCUCAGAAUCAGAAGACUGUUCAUCGCUUCUUGGAUGAAUGGCCCAACAAAAGCAAAAACUCGUGGCUUGAUCUGGACGACAAAUCAUCCACAACCCAGCUUUCAAUUUCCAUUCCCACCACCACCUCUGACCAUGGCCGUUUUCCAAGCUUCAAUUUCAGAACCCACCAAGAUGCUUGA